ACACCGCGAGUGGCGACACUACCGACCCAAGACUAAAGGGUACGAACAAACCAGCCAAGCAUCUCUCUCUCUCUACCCCUGCUUCGAUCGAUCGCGGAGGUACUGCUUUAAAAGAAUAUGUCGUGCUUCGGAUGCUGUGGGAACGAUGAUGCUCAACGAGUACCUGACAGUGGAGGUGCUUAUGUCGGAAAUUAUGCAGCAAGGAAUGAUGGAGCUUAUCGUAGUACAGACCCAACCCCAAAGGGUGCUCAACCUGUAAAACCUCAACCUAUUGCAGUCCCAGCCAUUCCCGUAGAGGAAAUAAGGGAAGUUACAAAAGGGUUUGGAGAUGAAGCGUUAAUUGGUGAAGGUUCAUUUGGUAGGGUUUAUUUUGGUGUGCUCAAGAGCGGUAGAAGUGCAGCCAUAAAGAAAUUAGAUUCAAGCAAGCAGCCAGACCAGGAAUUUUUAGCGCAGGUGUCUAUGGUGUCAAGACUGAGACAUGAAAAUGUUGUGGAGUUGAUUGGUUAUUGCAUUGAAGGGAACCUACGUGUCCUUGCAUAUGAGUUUGCUACUAUGGGGUCUCUCCAUGAUAUCCUUCAUGGGCGGAAGGGAGUCAAAGGAGCACAACCUGGUCCAGUUUUGUCAUGGACACAACGCGUGAAGAUUGCUGUGGGAGCAGCAAAAGGGCUCGAAUACUUACACGAGAAAGCACAGCCUCACAUUAUUCAUCGUGACAUUAAAUCAAGCAAUGUUCUACUCUUCGACGACGAUGUGGCAAAAAUUGCUGACUUUGACUUAUCAAAUCAAGCUCCAGACAUGGCAGCUCGGCUUCAUUCUACUCGAGUUCUUGGGACAUUUGGAUAUCAUGCACCUGAAUAUGCGAUGACUGGACAACUUAGUUCUAAGAGUGAUGUGUACAGUUUUGGUGUUGUUCUUUUGGAGCUCUUGACUGGAAGAAAACCUGUGGAUCAUACUCUACCAAGAGGGCAACAAAGCCUUGUGACAUGGGCAACACCAAGACUUAGUGAAGACAAGGUUAGACAAUGUGUGGACCCAAGGCUAGGAGGCGAAUAUCCUCCCAAAGCAGUUGCAAAGAUGGCCGCUGUCGCUGCAUUAUGUGUGCAAUACGAAGCCGAUUUCCGACCGAACAUGAGCAUUGUAGUCAAAGCUCUUCAACCGCUGCUGAAUACACGGUCCGGGCAUCCCGGUGAAGCCCCUGGAUCGUGAACCCUUGAAACCCGCCCAUCUUCUCUUUUUUGUUCUGUAUGAUUUAGCAAAAUGCUAUCUUUUAAGCUCGUUUGUUGAUUGCUGGUUGUAGAUUAUUUAUAUGUAUAUUUCGAAGCUCUUCUCGUAUCAGUGAUUUCAGAACCUACUUUAUUCAGAUUUAUUUUUGGAUGUAUGGGAGGAUCUGUCCUUGCGAACAGUGGACAUGCAUUUCUCAAGUCUCUUCGUGAUACUUUGGUUGAUGAGAAGUCCAAAUGCUUCGAAUUUGAAGCGCUGAAUAGGUGCUCAGAAUUGGGAGCUAAUAGCAA